CAUCGCCUCCAACAACUUGAAUAUGAUCUGAGCGACCGUGCACUUCCUCUAUCCUCGAACACCACUGUACGGUCGUCCGUCGGCUUUUGCUUCAGUACAGUACAGAACGUGUGGCCCAGUAUCCGCGUGCGCACAGGAAGAGGACACGAGAUACGAGCAAGCACCUCUCCGGAGUCGUCCGAGAUACCAUAUCAUUAUGCAGGUCGAGGGCUGCGCCGACGUUGCUCAGAGGCCGCCGGCAGCCAGGACUGACUACGAACAUAAGGUGCUCCGGUCAAACUCUGCGACGACGUCGAGGUACGGGUCUCCGGCGCAAGGAGAGGCACAACAUAUGGUGUCUUUGUGGCCUGGCACUUUGGACGACCACGGGCGCAUGACUAGAGAAGAUGGCGUAUCAGCGAGUGUUGACGACGCACGAGAAUCCGAGGUGUCGUAUCCCGUCUUCAACGUAUGGAGUUCAUAUUACAGAGACGGUGGGCUCGUGGGCUAUGCCCAGUAUACCACUCAGCCUACCCUCGUCCCCCUCUCCCGAGCUCUUUCAGAUCGCAUCCCCCUGGAGGUCAUCUUGGAAAUCGCGAACGCACUGAGUCCAGGGCUGGAUCGAGGUACCGAAACCCUCCUCUCGAUGAUGUUGGUCUGCGCAUCAUGGUACCCAUACUGCAUGCGGGUCCUGUAUCGCAAUAUGGUGCUUCGCGACAGAGGUUGCCUACCCCGGCUAGUUGCGAUUACUCUCCCCUUGGCAGAGGUACGGAGACAUAUGACAUCCACCCAAUCACUCGUCCUUGGUGGCAAGAAUCAUGACGACAAAUGUCCCAUCUCUGCACCUCUAGUCCUCGGCGGACUGCUGCCCUCAUUGAUAAAGCUGGAGCUGAAUAAUCUCCGCGUCCCAAUCCAUCCCAGUUUUUUCAGGGCAUUACCUAGGCUUGCGACCGUGACGGAUCUUAGGCUGCUGAAGCUCGAACUGCAUACUUUUCACGAGCUGCGCCGCAUCAUCUGUGCGUUUCCUCGCCUGCUCGACCUGACAGUCGGCCACAUCGCGUAUGCGCUGCACAGGGUCAAUACACGCCUCCCGACGUCACAGAUUGCUCGAAGCUCCGCGUCCCGGGCCGUCGUACGCCUCAGGACGUUAACACUUGAUUGGUCCUCGCAUCCUCAACUGCUCAUACAUCUCAUCCAUUGGCUCACUGAUUGCUCUAUCUGUGACCACCUCUACGAUUUGGCCUUAAAUGGAACCGGAGCUCCUAUCGCUGGCGGUAUGCGGAUCGUAGUCAACAAGUACUUUGAUCAGCUCCUGCAAUCUGCUGGGCCAUCUAUCAAGCGCCUCACGUUUGGGUCUGAAUCACAUCUACCUUUGCCAUCCACGACGAGCCUGAAACACUGUACAAAUCUGCAGUACUUGGCCUUCAAACUGUCCGAAUACGAGCGGAAGGACAUCGUUGACGAGCUGCUAUUUAUCCUCGGACACAUACGCAGCAAUCUCAUAGACGAGAUCGCCAUCAUAACCCCUCGUUGGCUCACGAAGAGAGACGUACUGCAAUUACCCGAGCAUCCUGAGGACAUCCCGCUGGGUCUGCUGCACAAGUGUCAGCUCAGCGAAUUCUUCGCACGUCUCCGCGUAGUCGACUUGCGUAUCGGUGACCGAUACGGAGCUGAAGAGAAAAAACGGCGACAGGCGGUCAGCCGAGCGCAGCGCCUCUUUGCGCCGUGGAAUGAGCGGGGAAUCCUCAAGACCAUCGUCGUGCAGUGACCAGGGAGCCUGGUGGAGUCCACGAUCUCGUCAAGAAUGCAGGUUUAUAUUCGUUGAUGCGUUGACUAGAUAUUCUAUCACGUCGCGGAGGGACGCCCCGUUCCUCCAUGCGCACAAUUGACGUUGUACUGUCCAGGUCAGGAGCUUGUGAAUCACUCGUAGCUAUCCAAUGGCGUGGCAAAAAAGGGCCCGGGCUCUCCGUCAAUCAAAAAUUUCACGGGAGCCCUUCAUGCAAUACCAUGUGUGACAGAAUUUCCCAUACUCAAGGUUCUGCUGAUGUCGAAGACAGCCCGUGGAUUCAAUGAAUCAACCGCUCAAUCAUGCGGCCGUCUAAAUCACGGGGGUAUGUACUGCUAUGACUUGCGUCACCGUGACCACGCCCA